UGCAAUUUGAAUGUGCAGUGUAGAAACCUGAACCAGAUAAGACAGUUCAGCUGAUGCACAGGCAUUAAUGUUGAUGUUCAUGCACCCUUCCAGCCUCUUCUUUUACAGCUGCCUAAGAAGUACUGUGUCCUAAAAUAGCUGUUCUGGAGGCACAGAGCACUGUUCAGUUUAAAGUCAGCAGUUGUCCUUUUUGGUAUAUUAGCUGUCCUGUCACCAGGUACAAUCGUUCUGGGGUAUUUUUAGGGAGAGAAUCCUUCCCAGGGAAGAUCGGGAUGGCACAGGCGCGUAUCUCAGCCGGGCUGCCCCCGGAUAUAGAUCCCACGAAAGCGCCUGUUGCGUUUGGGGAGAGGGCCCUUCCCAAGCUGAACGAGGAGUUACAAUCCCCUGAGCUGCUGACGCGGCAGCGGGCGCUGAUGGCCCUCUGCGAUCUGGUCCAUGACCCAGAAAAUGUCUACCAGGCAAUACACUUAGGAUUCUUGGAUAACCUAAAGACUUUGCUGCUAGAUCAUGACAGUACUGUCCGGCAAAAAUCGACAGAAGUCCUCUGUAUAAUGGCCAUGCAUAAUGUUGGUAGGCACGGGUUUAUAAAAGAUGGUGUAAUUUCUGCCCUGGCUCAGCUAUUGGAUGAUCCAGUAGAUAUCUGUCGGAAGAACACACAUCAAACUUUUGAAAUGAUGGCAAAAUUACCUGAAGGGGCUGUAGGCAUACUGCAUGCUGGCUUGAUUCCCUCGCUUGUAUUCAAACUGAAGACCGAGUUGGAUGAAAUCCAGGAGCUAAUCCUAGACACGCUCGCCAACUGCGUGUGUGCAGAUGCUUCUGAAGCUCUAGCAAGUGGUGCCGUUACCAUCCUGAAGCAAAAGCUUAUGCAUUCAUCAGUGGCCAUCAGAAGCAAAGCAGCUUGGGUCCUGUUAGGAAUCAGUACCCAUCCAGAGGGAAAAAACACGGUAUGUGAAGAAGACGUUAUUCCUGCGCUGGUGAACCUGUUAGAAGAUCCAGAGCCUGAAGUCCAAGCCAGUGCAGCAGGAGCACUGAUGCUUGCUACCGUUAUACCUCAGGGGAAAUUCUCAGCUCUAGGUGCUGAAGCCAUUCCACCUUUGCUGAAGUUGGUUGCUGAGGAAACCAGCAAAGCCCGCCUGAGCGCGAUCAAAGCCCUCACCAUGCUGGCUGAGUUACCCGAGGGCCGCAAGACACUCCUCGCUCAUACAGAUACGUUUCAGCAGUGUCUGAACGACCCCUGUGAGGCAGUGAAAAGAGCUGCCGAAAUUGCCAUCCGUGUCAUCAAGUGGAAACCUUUCUGAAGACAUGAUGUUUCACAGAGAUCUAUUGCCCUCUGUUGAUAUCUUGCUGUAAGAGAUGCACUAUUAUAUGAGAUCUUCAAAAACAAAACUCUUCCUCAGUUACUCUUCCUCAGCUCCUCCUGAUAUGUCAUUUAUCAACAGUUUUAUAUCUACGACAGGCCACAAGUAGAACAAUGUGGGGAAGAAAGUUAGGGAAUCUACAGUUCUCCACUAGAAAUUAUAUCCUGAGAUAUCCAGAUCUUCCUGUGAUACAAGAAAGCGAUCCUUUUUGUUUUCUGCAUAAUGGUCUCUCCCUUUUUUUUCAUUAUUUUAGCCUAUCAAACAUUAAUCAAUAACUAAUUAUAUGAAAAAAGAAAGGUUCAUAAUUAACUUCUCCAGCAGUCUUGUCUAUGCUAGGAAAUUGAUCUAGCUACCAGCAGGAGAAUUUGUAGGAGUUUUGCUGCAAACAGGUGUUGAACAUGGGAUUAAAAACCAUUUUCAGCAUCCUCACAGGAAGAGCAAUGGAAUGGCAGUGUCACAGAAGGCCUCUCUCUAGAGAAGUAUAAGGCCUUUCCAGCCCAAACUAUAACCAAAUACUUCUCAGUACAGUUCUACCAAAUUCUGUUGCUGACAACACUUGCCAGCAGCAACUCAUUUUUCCUAGUACAGGCUGAGUUUAAAGGCAGGACUGUGAUAUGCAUGCAGGAUGGGGAAAGAGCAAAAUCAAGCUAACACAUCAGAAUAUGAAAGUUGCACUGAGUCAGUAGUUUUCUUUCGAUCUGUGGUGCCAUAUGUGUGCAUCAGAAGACAGUGUAAAACUCCUUUUAGAGAUGAAUAUAUUAUAGUUUGCCCUGAGGAAAAUAGUUGCCUAGUCUCUGACCAUCAGUGGUAAGCGCUUGCUUUUAAGGUGAGAGUUUAUGUUC